CAGGAGCACAUGUGUCUUUGGCACCAUCAAUGGUUGCAAGGUUCCAGAAGAAAGGAGGCGAGGGCAGAGGCAACCGCGUGUGAGAGUUAACCCAAGUGUGCUGCCCCCGGAUGACAGGACUGGAGCUGACAGAAACCACAGGAUCCCUGAACCAGAGGCCGGGCCUGCUCCCCUGCUUGCCACCCCCCACCCCCCGUGCCUGCAGCAGGGCCGACGCCCAGGAACACUCGUAUCUGCGGAGAAGUGAACCAGCAAAGACCUGCCCCGUGUCUCCCAGCCGGAGCCCCACCUCCAGCCCCUGCGUCGGCAGCGGGAGCCCAGCAUCUCUCCGCCACGUCCUGCCCGCCGGCCUCCAGCUGGCCCCGCUCCCCGCCCCUCCCCCUGUGGUGCCAGCCUGCGGAGAGCGCAGAAGGCUUAUCUGGGACUCCAUCCACAGGGCACCCCCUUCCUCAGGAGGACCUGGGGGGGCUACGGAGCCUCCCGGGGGCAAAGCGAACCGCGGGAGUGCGGCCUCGCUCCGGCCUCCUCCGUCAUCGCGGGGAGAACCUGGCCCCCCGCCCCCGAGCUGUGCCGUCUGCAUCGGGGCCACAGGCGGUGGUUUGUGUUCACAUGAAAUAAAUGCUCAGCGGCCACGUGUGGCCGAGGAGCUGGGCCGACAGCGGGACAGCACGCCCACCAUCGCAGGAAGAACCAUGGGGCCUGCCGGCCGGAAGUCCUUCUCAACCUCCCAGGCAGCCCUUCCACGGAGGGGCGUGGGCAUUGGACGCCUGCUCACACCUGGGCCGAGGCUGUCACCCGGCCAAGGCCCUCGAAGACCUGACUUGGGCGAGCAGAUCACCUGA